GACCAAUUGGAGUAUUCUCCUUUACUGUGGUUUGAACGCUAGAUUCAACGCUUGCUUGUUCACUGGUACUUUGGUAGAUAGCGGUAGUACUGUGACAUUGCUUAACUAGAUAAAUAUACCAGUGUCACAAAAAAUGGGCAAAGGAGAAAAACCCCGUGGACGUAUGUCAGCUUAUGCUUUCUUUGUGCAGACGUGCCGAGAAGAGCAUAGAAAAAAACAUCCAGAUGAAAAUGUUGUGUUUGCAGAAUUUUCAAGGAAGUGUGCAGAGAGAUGGAAGACAAUGUCAGAAAAGGAGAAGCAGCGUUUUCAACAGAUGGCAGAGAAGGAUAAAAAACGAUAUGAAUCGGAAAUGGCAAAUUAUAAGCCACCAAAAGGGGAAAAAAGGGAAAAACGUAAAAGGACAAAGGACCCCAAUGCACCUAAAAGGGCACUGUCAGCAUUUUUCUGGUUUUGCAAUGAUGAACGACCCAAAGUGAAGGAAAUGAUGCCCAGUUCUUCAGUUGGUGACAUUGCAAAAGAACUUGGCAAGAGAUGGAAUGAAGUGUCUGAAGAUUUAAAAUCCAAAUAUGAAGGGUUAGCUGCAAAAGACAAAGCACGAUAUGAAAAGGAAGUUAAGGCUUACAAAGGUAAGAAAUCAAAAGGUGGAACACCAGCUGCUAAAGUAGGUGGUGCAUCUAAGAAAAAGGAUGACUCAGAUGAGGAGGAGGAGGAAGAAGAAGAAGAGGAGGAGGAGGAAGAAGAAGAUGGUGAGGAAGAUGAUGAUGAAGAUGAUUGAAAAGAGUGGUAAUCUUUGUAGAAUUGGGGGAUUUCUUAGAUAUGUUUAUAGGUCAUCUAGGGGCAACCGGCUUGGUUUUGGUAUGUCUGCCCAGCGUUUUCAUUUGCAUAACUGUAUUACAUGAAAAUAUAUUUCCCUUCAUUGUACUUAGAAAAACUGAAAAAUUAUAGUCUUGCUCAAUCCCGUUUAAUUAAUUUUACCUUGUGUAUUUAAAGGGAUGAAAAAAAUCCAUCGCAGGCAAAGUUUAUGCCAAAUAAACAUUUUGUUUAUUUCUUGAA